AGAACAGGGGCUGAACACUGGAAGUUCAGGCGCGCGGCCAGCCCUGCUUCUGUAGCAGGAGCUUAGGUGGGGAAGCAACCCCGCUGCUGGCUGCCAGUCCAUGUACCCACCUGGCCUCCGGGGCGCCGCCCUUCGUCUGUAAGCCCGUCUGUCCCUCCGUCUGCAAUCCCGUGUCUGUCCAGCUGGCUCUCUGACCAUCCUUCUCUCACUGUCCUAUGUCUAGCUGUCUAGACUGGCAAUCCGUUUGUCUGUCUCUGGACUCCAUCUGUUUGUUCACCUGCCCAGUCACCUGCGAAUCCGUCUGCACAUCUUGUGCGUUCAUCCACGCAUCUGUCUGUCCACCUGCCUUCUCUCCACUCCGAGCCUCCGAGCCAUGGCCCAAGGCCGCAGGACCAUAGUCAGCAUGGUGCUGCUGGGGUUGGGGCUGGCCUUGGCCAUUAUCGUGCCCGCCGUGGUCCUCUCCCGCCGGCACACUGGCUGCGGCCCCCAGGCCUUUGCCCGUGCUGCGGUCGCCGCUGACUCCAAGGUCUGCUCGGACAUUGGACGAGUCAUCCUCCAGCAGCAUGGCUCACCUGUGGAUGCCACCAUUGCGGCUCUGGUCUGCACCGGAGUCGUCAACCCUCAGAGCAUGGGCCUGGGCGGAGGGGUCAUCUUCACCAUCUACAAUGCAACCACAGGGAAGGUGGAAGUCAUCAAUGCCAGGGAGACAGUGCCUGCCAACUACAUCCCGGGCCUACUGGACCAGUGUGAACGGGCCCAGCCACUGGGCACAGGGGCCCAGUGGAUUGCAGUGCCGGGGGAGCUCCGUGGCUAUGCCGAGGCCCACCGCCGCCACGGCCGCCUGCCCUGGGCACGGCUCUUCUGGCCGACCGUCUCCUUGCUCCGAGGGGACUACCGCAUGCCCUCCAUCCUCAGUCAGUUCCUGCAGAACGACUUCCUGCGGCCUUCCUUGUACAAGACAUCCCUGAGGCAGCUCUUUUUCAACGGCACAGAGCCCCUGAGGGCUCAGGACCCAUUCCCCUGGCCCGCACUGGCCGCCACCCUGGAAACCGUGGCCACGGAGGGUGCAGAGGCCUUCUACACAGGGACGCUGGGCCAGACGCUGCUGGAGGACAUUGCCAAUCAAGGCAGCAGGCUGACCCCGCAGGACCUGGCCUCCUUCCAGCCGGAGGUAGUGGAUGCCCUGGAGAUGCCCCUGGGGGACUACACCCUGUACUCACCGCCACCACCUGCAGGGGGCGCGAUUCUCAGCCUCAUCCUCAACGUGCUCAAAGGGUUCAACUUCUCCUCGGAGUCAGUGGCCAGGUCCGAGGGGAGUGUGAACUUGUACCAUCACCUUGUGGAGACGCUCAAGUUUGCCGGGGGACAGAGGUGGCGGCUGUGGGACCCCCGCAGCCACCUGGAUAUCCAGAACGCCUCCCAGGACCUGCUGGGCGAGGCUUUGGCCCAGCAUAUCCGCCAGCAGAUCGACGCUCGGGGUGACCACCAGCUCAGCCACUAUAGCCUGGCCAGGGCCUGGGGCCACAAGACGGGCACGUCGCAUGUGUCUGUGUUGGGGGAGGACGGAAGCGCUGUGGCAGCUACCAGCACCAUCAACACGCCCUUUGGAGCAAUGCUGUACUCCCCACGCACGGGCGUCCUGCUCAACAACGAGCUUCUGGACUUAUGCUGGAGGCGCCCCCCGGGCUCCAAGGUCACCCCCCAACCCGUUCCAGGUGAGCGGCCUCCAUCAUCCAUGGCUCCCUCCAUCUUGGUCAACACAGCCCAGGGGUCAAAGCUGGUGAUCGGUGGGGCUGGUGGGGAGCUCAUCAUCUCUGCCGUGGCCCAGGCCAUCAUAAACAAGCUGUGGCUUGGCUUUGACCUGAGAACUGCCAUUGCAGCCCCUAUCCUGCAUGUCAACAGCAAGGGCCAUGUGGAGUACGAGCCCAACUUCAGCCAGGAGGUGCAGAAGGGGCUCCGGGCCAGGGGCCACAACGAGACCAAGAGUCCCUUUUUCCUGAAUGUGGUCCAGGCUGUGUCCCAGGACGGGGUCUGUGUGUAUGCCGCAGCAGACCCGAGGAAAGGUGGGGAGGCCUCGGGCUACUGAGGACACUGCCCCUGAGAGCUGCAAUCCGGCCCACCAUCAGUGUGUGCCCAGGCUGGCCUUGACCGUGGGACCAAGCACUCAGGCAGGAUCUGGACCCUUUGGCGGAGGGUCGGCCUGGGGCUACAAGAGGUGGGGACAGCCUGGAAGAUGGACAACUGUGGGGGCUGAGCCCUCUCCCAGAGCCCCUUGUGGCCCUGCCCUGACCCCCAAGCCUUCCCUAGGCCUGUCACCCAAGACUGUGGCCUACCCUCCCCCCAGGCUCCACUCCCCAUCUGUAUACCCUCUAGUCCAAGAUUAAAGAGGAGGGUGGAUCUCAGCCUGA